AUGAUGGAUGCUCUAUCGGAUUUCUUCCAGAAGGAGAAGGUGGGGAGUAUUCGCAUUGACGGAGGCACACCACCUGAGAAGCGGCAUCACCUGGUGGCGCGCUUUCAGGAAGACCCUGGAACUCGCGUUGCUGUGCUGGGCAUCCAUGCAGCGGGUGUGGGACUCACACUCACAGCAGCCAGCACGGUGGUGUUUGCAGAGAUGGCGUGGAAUCCGGGGGACUUGGUUCAGGCAGAGGACAGGGCGCAUAGGAUAGGGCAGGCCAAUUCGGUGAACGUGUAUUACCUGCAUGCCCCUGAAACCAUUGACGACCUUAUAUGGAGUGUUGUGCAACACAAGCUGGAGAAUCUGGGGCAG